AUGGCAACCACAUCGGAUUCAAGUAACACAGACACUAGCAAUUAUGGUGGUGAUAAUGAACUUGUUGUUGUUGGGAAUGAUGCAAAUGAUGUGUCUCAGCAAGGUGAGGACAAGGAACCAGCCAGAGAAACAGAAGCUGCUGAUCAAACAGAAAAUGAAGCACCAACUCAGGCAUCCCGAGGUUCGCCUCAAAAAGUGAAAAAGAGAAGAAGAGAAAGUAAAACAAAGAGGGCUGCCCCAAGGUCAAAUGUGUGGAAUCAUUACGAGAGGUAUGACAGAACACUCUACAUUGAAAAAGAUGGGAAGAAAGAAGAAUGUGGAUUUGAGAAAAGGGCCAGAUGCAAGUAUUGCUCUGCUGACCUCGCUGCUGAUUCUUCAUUUAAUGGUACAAGUACUUUGCGUAGACAUGUCGAGAAGGUGUGCAAAAAGUAUCCUGGGAGGGAGAAUUUAGAAGACACACAGCAAGUAUUGAUUAGUGAUGGUGGAGUUGAACCUAGCAUUAAUUCUGACCAAUACCAACUCCCUCCAGACUCCCCACAAAGUGAGUAA